CCAGAAUGGUAUAAGUAAACGUCUUGUCCCGGAUGCCAUGAUGAAGUUUUUGGAUAGACCAGACAGCCUCAACUCUCUCACACAACAAACAUCCUCCUCAUCAACCAGACCAACAAGACCUUUUCACUAAGGUUUACCAUCCUAUCCUCACAACCGGUCUCUAAUAUCUAAUCAACACCAACAACCAAAAAUGGCUCGCCGCGCUUCCCUCAUCGUGACAGCCCUCCUGGCCGUCUGCGCCUCCGCGGCUCCCGCCCCGAUGCCCCAGCGCUCGGCAAAGAUCACGGCCGUCAAGAACAUCUUCACCGUUGGCAACAUGUCCUUCGCCAACAGGCUGUACUGGGACUUUAGCAAGCUCGCCAACGGCGCCAAGGUGCCCGACGGCCUGCGCGUGAGCGGCUACCCCGUCAGCGACACGCACGUCUUCGUCACGCAGAACGCCUACAUCAACGGCGGCUACCUCAACCUCAAGGUCGACGGCGGCCAAAAGGCCAAGCCCUACAAGUCCGGCGAGGUCGUCACCGUGGCCCAGAACAUCAAGUACGCCUCUGUCCGGACCGUCGCCGUCUUCUCCGAGCCCGCCGGUGUCUGCAAUGGUAUCUUCUUCUACAAGAACGACAACCAAGAGACCGACAUCGAGUGGCUCUCCGACGCAAACUCCCAGAGCAACGCCGGCAAGCGCCAGGUCUGGUUCGCGAACCAGGCCACCAGCAAGUCCUCCCCCAAGUCCUGGCUCUCCGUCCUCCCUCCCACGAACCCGACCGCCACGGAGCACGAGUACCGCAUCGACUGGAUGCCCGGCGUCGUCCGCUUCUUCGUCGACGGCGUCCAGACCUGGCAGACCACCCAGAGCGUGCCCUCGCAGGCCGGCCCCUGGGUCUUCAACAACUGGGCCAACGGCGACAAGGGCUGGAGCGCCGGCCCCCCCGCCACCGAUGCCAUCUUCAAGAUCAAGGAGAUUGACAUGUACUACAACACCGCAUGAGAAGCCUACCUAACUCGGCCAACACACAUCAGGGGGCAGGGCUUCUGCUCCACAGCUCGGAAUUUUUCAACUUCAUCGUACAUACUUUUGGAUAACGACAAGGCAAUUACUUCAUGAGGGGGAUAACGAUCUUUGGACAAAAGGAAAUAAUUGGACAUAAUGAAGGAAAACGGACAAUAACUUCAUGAAUAAAAUGGAACCGGCUAAUAAGGAGGAGGACAUAAUAACGAGGAGG